GAACGUUAUAACAUGGCGGCGAGAGCAGGAGGGGGCGGGCGGCGUACUCUGGAAAAAAACAAGAAUUAACGCUAUUUAAUGAAGAGUUUUCACAUAAUUCUUUGUCAGACAGUUUGCCGCCGUUUCCGAGGAUGGACCGAGUUUAGACGUGGGCAAAGGUUUAAGCUGAAUGCAUUGUGAUUUCCAAUAAUUGAGACAGUGAUUUCUAAAAAGCUGUCUACAUUAAUGAAAAGAACAAUGUAGUCGGCUUAGCGUGCUCAAGCAACCGAGUGUAUACAUCUGUCUGGUGUGUUUUAGGUGUGUCUUUGGGCUUUGAUUAAUUUUUAGCACUUAGCAGCUAAGAUAGGCAGAUUUCUUUUCUUUUAAAGCAGGGUUAGUUGUUAUAUUUAUACGUAUUAUUAUUAUUAUUAUUAUUAUUAUUAUUGUCAAUUUUAAUAAUUGGAUGAUGGAUGUCAGUGAGUUUGUGCCUCCUCUCCCACUGGAGCCUCCUGAUGACGAAAUGUCAGGAAGCGGUAAAUGUAAAGCUCCUCCACCACCUCCCCUGCAAACGUCCAGUGACGCCGAGGAAAUGGACGUUAGCUCCGGCGGUGAUGGACCCUCGCUCGCGCCGGCUGACGAUGCUGACGUUCCGCUCCUCACCAAGGGCUCGUCCGCUUUUAGCGUUCAUGCGUCGCAUGGCGACCCGUGCCCAGGCACCGGGCGUCACGCUACCCCCGUCACCUCCUUCCUCCCUGACCUUAGACUCCUCCGAGACGUUAAGAUCAGCAUCAGCUUCGGAGGAGACGCCGGCAGCAGCAAGGGCAAAGACAGGAAGGUGCUGUACACAGGACAGGGUCAGAUAGAUGAGCAGGAGAUAGAGAACGGAAACGUGCAAGGAGGUAGUGCGGGAGAGGGGACGGGGCAGGGGGACACGAGUGUAGAAACCGAGGCUGAACAGGAGAACAAGGUGGAGUUCGCCGUGCUGGACGAGCUGGAGGACUUUAGCGAGAACUUUCUGGAGGCGGAGGACGGCGAGGAGAACGAGUACACGCCCGAGAUGAUUGUGCAGCAGCAGCAGGCCAACGACGAGGACCACGUUUACUCCUACGAGGACGACUUUGACAAUGAUGUUGAUGCGCUGCUAGAGGAAGGCAUGCCGGUGCCCAAGAAGAUGCGCCUGGCUGAGGAUAAAUAUGCAGCAGACAGCGAUCAUCAGUCUGACACGGAGCAGGGGGUCCAGCCCAUGAUCACCAAAAUAAAGACUGUUCUCAAGAGUCGAGGGCGCCCACCUACAGAGCCUCUUCCUGACGGGUGGAUCAUGACAUUCCAUAACUCCGGCAUUCCAGUCUACCUCCACCGGGAGACCCGAGUCGUUACCUGGUCCAGACCGUACUUCCUUGGGACUGGAAGCAUCAGGAAACACGAUCCUCCUACCAGUAGCAUCCCCUGUUUGCACUACAAGAAGAUGAAGGAGCAUGAAGAGCGGGAGCAGAAUGGAGAAGUGACGCCCAACGUAUCUCCCGUAAAACUCGGCGAGGAGGGAGAACCUCAGGAGAGAACCGAAGAGCCCGACUCCACCGCUCCUGAGGGGACAUGUGAGGGGUCCAGCCCGGACACGAUGGACAACCAGCCCGAGGGAAAAGAAGGCCACGGGGGCGAGAUGGCGCAGGGGGCACUGGGGCAGGUCAAAGCCAAGGUGGAGGUGUGCAAGGAUGAGUCUGUUGACAUCGAGGAGUUUCGCGGCUACCUGGAGAAGCGCUUCGACUUCGAGCAAGUGACGGUGAAGAAGUUCCGCACGUGGGCGGAGCGACGCCAGUUCAACAGGGACAUGAAGAGGAAGCAGGCGGAGUCAGAGAGGCCCAUCCUCCCAGCCAAUCAGAAGCUCAUCACGCUCUCGGUGCAGGACGCGCCCACCAAGAAAGAGUUCGUCAUCAACCCUAAUGGAAAGUCAGAGGUUUGCAUCCUACAUGAAUAUAUGCAACGCGUACUCAAGGUCCGACCAGUUUACAACUUUUUUGAAUGUGAAAACCCAAGUGAACCCUUCGGAGCUUCGGUUAUUAUAGACGGAGUCACGUACGGCACGGGAACAGCGAGUAGCAAAAAACUCGCCAAGAAUAAAGCUGCUCGAGCCACACUGGAGAUCCUCAUCCCUGACUUCGUGAAGCAGACGGCUGAGGAGAAGCCAGUCGAAGGAGACGAACUAGAGUAUUUUAACCAUAUCAGUAUUGAAGACUCGCGAGUGUAUGAACUGACCAACAAAGCAGGCUUACUGUCACCUUACCAGAUCCUUCACGAGUGCCUUAAGAGAAAUCAUGGGAUGGGAGACACCAGCAUCAAGUUCGAGGUCAUCCCGGGGAAGAACCAGAAGAGCGAGUACGUGAUGACGUGCGGGAAACACAGCGUGCGCGGGUGGUGUAAAAACAAGAGAGUGGGUAAACAGCUGGCGUCUCAGAAGAUUCUCCAGAUGUUGCACCCUCACGUGAAGAACUGGGGCUCUCUCCUGCGCAUGUACGGCAGAGAGAACAACAAGAUGGUGAAAAAGGAAAAUUCCGACAAGAGCGUGAUCGAGCUGCAGCAGUACGCCAAAAAGAACAAACCCAACCUCCACAUUCUGAACAAACUCCAGGAGGAGAUGAGGAAACUGGCUAAAGAGAGGGAGGAGACGAGAAAAAAGCCCAAAAUGACGGUGGUGGAGUCGGCUCAGCCCGGCAGCGAGCCCCUGUGCACCGUCGACGUCUAGCGAAACCUUCGCCGACCCGCUCACUCGUACUGAAGAUCCAUAUCUAUACUUAAAAAAAAAAAAAAAAAAAAAAGGCACUGAAGGUCACCUCAUCUGAAGGUCACACGUGAAUAAAUUAUGCAGUCAGCGCGAUAAAGGCAAUACCAGCUCCGAUUCGUCACCGACACGAGGGUUCAGUUUGCCCCGAACCUCCGUUCAAUCCGAAUCUAAUCUAAUCCGAUGCACUAACGGUUGACGAGACGAAACGUCAUCGUACACGUCCUGAUGCAUUCUUUAUAUACGAAACCUGUCACGUAUUUUCCUAUUCAUGAAGCAAGUAACCACGUGGUGUCUGAAUGCUCACGUUUGUGAAUUUUAAACGUCGUGGCUGCUUUUUUAAUUAUUAUUAUUAUUAUUAUUAUUAAUAAUAUAUAAUUAUAGUUGAUUUGAUUUAAUAAAGGUUUUCCUGUUGGACA